CUGUCAUCAUCAUUAUACUUUGUUAGAUUCCAGUCCAGGGUAAACACUUCCUUCAACCAUUGUCAACUUCAAUAGAUAAUAUCAUUCUGUCAAUUUUAGAAUAGGGAAUUACGGAACUGAUGAAAUUUGGGAAGGAAUUCAGGAUACAUUUGGAGGAAACCCUACCGGAAUGGAGGGACAAGUAUUUGUCGUACAAGCCUUUGAAGAAGCUUCUCAAAAAUAUUCCGCCCGCCGCCACCGACAAUCCUCCGCCAGGAGGCACCCUGCCGGAGCUUCACGAUUGGUUCGUUGGGAUUCUAAACGAGGAGCUCGAAAAAUUCAACGAUUUCUACGUCGAUAAGGAGGAGGAAUUUAUUAUUCGCUUCCAGGCAUUAAAAGAAAGAAUUGAGCGAGUAAAGGCCAGAGUAGGUACAGGUGGGGUGUUUACCUCGGAGAAUGAAUUUAGCCGAGAGAUGAUGGAGAUACGUAAGGACUUUGUAGCCAUUCAUGGCGAGAUGGUCCUUCUGAAGAACUACAGUUCCCUAAACUUUGCCGAAACACGGCUAACUAUGAAACUUUCGAAAAUUGAUUCUCGAGGUCUCAUCAAGAUACUAAAGAAAUACGAUAAAAGAACUGGAGGGUUAUUGAGUCUACCUUUCACUCAACUUGCCGUUCACCAGCCGUUCUUCACUACCGAGCCCCUUACAAGAUUAGUCCGUGAUUGUGAGGCAAAUCUUGAGCUCCUUUUCCCUUUGGAAGCAGAAAUUGUUGAAUCCAACCCUGCCCACCAGAAGCAAGCAAACACAUCCUCAGAAAAAAAAAUGCCACUUGGUGAGGACACUACAGAUAUUUACAAGAGUACCCUUGCUGCAAUUAAGGCCAUACAAGGGUUUAAGAAGGCAAGUUCGACAUAUAAUCCUUUGUCUUUAUCUUAUUUAUUUGGGGACCAAGAUAAUGAUAGUACAGGGGCAGUGACACAUGAAAACUCACCUUGCGACUCUUGUAGUUUGCACAAAGGUGAGGACUCCAACAAAGAUACCUGUUUGCCUAAAUAAACCUUUUCUUUUGUUUUUUUUUGUGAUUUGCUAAGUUUUAUUUCCGUGGAAUGAUAUUGAAAAAAAAAAUAAAUAACAUUUUACUACGCGGAAAUAAAAUGUAAUGCGACUUAAUGAUGGCUGUGUGGCUAAAUAUACAGUUUUCAGAUGUAUGUUUGACGUUGACAUUUGAGCUUUAUUUUAUCGAAUAUAGUAGAGCUUUCAAAUAA